AAACGCUGCUGCUCCAGCCUGGCGUGAAGAGUGAGCAGGGAGAAUGGGGCAGGUGGCUUGGAAGGGUUUAUUUCUCUCACUUUUUGAUUAUAAAACGGAGAAAUACGUCAUUGCAAAGAACAAGAAGGUGGGGAUUCUCUACCGAAUUGUGCAGCUCUCCAUCCUGGCUUACCUGGUGGGGUGGGUUUUUGUUGUCAAGAAAGGCUAUCAGGACACAGACACGUCCCUGCAGAGCUCUGUCAUCACCAAGCUGAAAGGGGUCGCCUUCACCAACACCUCGGAGCUGGGGGAGAGGCUGUGGGACGUGGCGGACUACGUCAUCCCUCCACAGGGUGAAAAUGUCUUCUUUGUCAUGACAAACCUGAUCGUGACCCCAAACCAGAAGCAAGCGACGUGUCCUGAGAGUGACAGCAUUCCUGAUGCCCUGUGCUACGCCGAUGGGGACUGCCCCGCAGGGGAAGCAGUGGUGGCUGGCAAUGGGGUUAAGACUGGCCGUUGUUUGAAAGACAGGGACAACAUCAGAGGGACUUGUGAGAUAUUGGCCUGGUGCCCUGUGGAGAAAAGAUACAAGCCCAAGAGACCUCUUCUCGGCAGCGCAGAGAACUUCACCAUCUACAUCAAGAACUCAAUCCGCUUCCCCAAGUUUAAGUUCUCCAAGAUGAACGUGCUGGCAACCAGCAAUGAGUCCUACCUGAAAAGCUGUCGCUACAGCGAAGAGCAUCCCUACUGCCCCAUCUUCCUCCUGGGAAGCAUUGUCAGAUGGGCUGGGAGCAACUUCCAGGAAAUGGCCUUGGAGGGUGGUGUGAUAGGAAUUCAGAUUGAAUGGAACUGUGAUCUUGAUAAAGCCCCUUCUGAAUGUAAUCCUCACUAUUCUUUUAGCCGACUGGAUAACAAGUUUGCAGAAAAAUCCGUCUCUUCUGGGUACAACUUCAGGUUUGCCAAGUACUACCAGGAUGCCAAUGGAGUCGACUACCGGACGCUCAUUAAAGCCUAUGGAAUCCGCUUUGACGUGAUGGUGAACGGCAAGGCAGGUAAAUUUAACAUCAUUCCCACCAUUAUCAAUAUUGGUUCGGGGCUUGCUCUCAUGGGAGCGGGAGCUUUUUUCUGUGACCUGGUGCUGCUGUACCUCAUUAAAAAGAGUAACUUUUAUCGAGGCAAAAAGUAUGAGGAAGUCAAGUCCACUUCCAGGAAAUCACUAAAUAGCCCUACUCAUAACGGGAACCAGAGCCCAGAGCAGCUUGGUGGACUCUAGCCACAGUGGAGGGGCUGCUAGCUGGAAACAUGAUCCAGGAAAGUGACACAGGUGUGGAAUCACACUGGGACUUGGGAGGUGGAGACACCACAGAUCACAUGCACUGUAUUCUCAGAAUUCCCAGAGAAGACAGAACGUCCUUCAGAGAAGCUCUUCUUGCCCUCAGAUGUUCUCUGAUACCCUGAGCUUGUGACAGCUGUUAUCACUAUGGAUUUAUAAAAGGAUUUUAUAAAAGGAAAAGGAAGACACCAAGUGAAUGUUUUUAUAUCUAUUUAUAGAUACAUCUGUACCCAUAUCCAUAACCAGCAUUAUCCUGUGUUUGCUUCUGUGUGCAAGAGGGCAGCAAUGUGAAACACCACUAAGGUCCUGAGGAGACCAAGAACGGACCU